CAAUUUGUAGUUGUGCGCGGUAAAGGGGAUUUUGCGAGACUUGACCUUGUCUUUACUGUGUUAGUUAGUUUCGAGAACGCAAUAAAAGUAAUUGCUCCGAUAAUCUUCCCAGUGAAAACACAAACACAAAUGUAUUUUUGAAAAUAUGAAUAAGUUGGUUCUGUUUCAAAUUUUGUCAUCUGAAGGAGGAUCCCAGCAAAUUCUACUUGUGAUACAUAUGAUCAAAAAACAGAUUUCAAAAUCUACAGAAUAAUUAGGGCAGUACAUCAUGAAGUUCUCUGAAGGUACGUAGCAUAAUUAUCUUCUGUGUUUUUUUCUAGCUUAUUUACACAAACGAUACGGGGUCCCGGAUUCAUGAAUAUCUUGCUGAAUCCCUUUACUUUUGGCCUAUUUUAAUUCAAGUGGAGUGCUUCAUUUAAAUUCAACUUCGAAUAAAACAGUCAAGGAAUAUGAUUGCCAAAAGGUUGGCAUAAAGCAUUCAUCCAUUGGAGAUGUAUGUGACGUUGUUGUAAGUCAGAAAAAUAUUAAUGAAUCCAAAGAAAGCUCAAGUGAUAGACAGAUGACGUUUACUUCAGCUGGUUCACAUUCAAACCACUCAAAUUUACACAGUUCAAGUGAAUAUCCACAGAAAGCAAGACGGUCGCUUUUAGACUGGGACAGUUUUAUAAAUCUACCUAAAAAGCCUCGAAAUCUGUCGUUAAAAACUGAUGAUUUAUCUCGAACGUUAGUUACAAAAACGACAGAUUCAAGAUCUCCAAUUAAAUCAAAACAAGAAGGUGAUAGUCGUGCAUCCCCUUGCUUAUCUCCUAUAAAAGCAAACGAAUUUGUUGGAAAUGUAAAGUUAGCACCUCUUCGGUGUAGUACAGAACAUGACAAGUUAUUAACUAAUGGUGGCUAUUCGUCUUCCGAAGAACACAGUAAAAGUGUCCCUGCAAGGGGAGGCGAAUCAUCUGAUUUCAGCAGUCCUGAUUUUACUUUAUCAAGUAUCCCAGUUAAAAACCGUGCUGAAACGAGAAAACGAAGAUCGUCCCAUUUUGCCACUGCCUCCAAUGACUCCGAAGUAUCUUCAGACCAGCUAGACAUGCACUCUCAAAGGCAAAACCAAAAAAAAAUUCUGAUUGGCAAUCAUAACAGUAAAAAAAGAAAGUUGUCACCUUCUGUUCGAAUUCGCAGAACAAAAGACACUUUUACAUGCAUAGCAAAGGAAAAUUUGCACAACGGUGUGCAAUCGCCUGAUUUUGAUUUUGAUACCGGUAAUUCAAUACAUUGUCAAAAGGUGUCAUGUCGCUCUCUAUGUGGUGCCUGUGAUCAUGAUAAUCAUAUAUCUAAUGAAUUAAACUUAAGAGAACUCAGCGGAAGUAUUGCAUCUCAGCAAAAUCAUUCAUUGGCCAACAAUUCACUCACGAUUACUCAUGUGGCAACACAACGG